CUGGAGGUUCUGGUUCUGUUCCUGGACAGCAGUGUGAAACCGCUCCACUUUAAUCGAGGUUUUAUUUUAGUUUUAUGUUUUUAUCAGCAUGAAAAAGACGCUGAUGUGUCAUAGAUGUGUUUAUGAGCGUUUCUACGUUGUGUUUGGAUGAUUUAGAGUUGAUCAGAUGAUGGCCCCCUCUAAGAUGAAGUUGCGUGUGAGGAAGAAAGACAGUGGUGGCAAAUCUUCUCAGCGUUUACUGGCUAAUGCUUCUCCAGACUCCAAAUGCCCCAUCUGUCUCGACGGCUUCAAAAACGUGGCAUCGCUGGACCGCUGCCUGCACCGCUUCUGUUUCCACUGCAUCCAUGAGUGGUCUAAGAACAAAGCCGAAUGUCCACUUUGCAAGCAGCCGUUCCACUCCAUAUUCCACUCCGUAAAAGGCGAAAAUGAUUUUAAGGAGUUUGUGCUGCGGCCAGCAGAGAACGUAGCAGCUCCAAACGCCGCCGCAGCUGAACGUGUACUCCGCCCCCGAAUGCUCCGAGGCAGAGCGAGGCCGAGCCGCAGGUUACAACAGCCUGCCCCUUCCUCGUCCCCCACACUAGACGACGACGUGAUGCUUGACGGUUUUUCAGACGCAGCGCCACUUACCGUGAGCCAAGACAUGGAGCAAAUGGUAAUGCAACUGAGAGCACGCCGACGGGGGCGGGGCGAGGGGCGGAGCCUGAGGCGUUUGCGAGACCAGGAUGUGGUGGCGUUCCGGCGCGCACUUUACAGGACUGGUGUACGUGUGCGGAACACAAGAGACGCGGGGAGGCAGAGGGACGUUUCGGCCGCGUUCUUGCGACAGAACCCCGCGUGUUUGCACCGGCUGUUGCCAUGGCUGCAGCGUGAGCUGACGGUGUUGUACGGUUCGCAUGGUUCACUGGUGAACAUCGUGCAGCACAUCAUCAUGUCACGCAUCACAAACUACAACAUGGAGGACUCGGCCAUCCGGGACGAGCUCCGCCCCUUCCUGCUGGCACGCACUGACCACUUCCUGCAUGAGCUGGUGAGUUUUGCCCGCUCGACCCUCAGCAUGGAGGCAUAUGACCAGCAGGCCAUCUACGAUUGCCCCGCCCCCAGUUACGAGGAGGGAAGCAGCUCUGACGACUCUGUUAUCGCCAUCUCUGAGGAUGAUGAUGAUAAUGAUAGUGAGGACAAUGUCAUGGAGAAUCCAUCUUUUGUCCAGGAAUGCCUUCCAUCUGUUCCCACAGCAAGCGGCACGGAAAGUUUACUGAGCCAGUCUGUGUGGGAUGAUGAAACACCUGGUCCCUCCUACACAACCCUCCUCCCUUCAUCCAGCCAAUCACAGGAUGAAGGGUUGGAGCCAGGCUCAAGCACAGCCCUAGCCCUGAGUGCCCUGGAAAUGACUGCCCCUUCAGUGAGUGCAACUGUCUCAGCAGGACCGGGUGAAGAUGAUGAGGAAGAGUGCCUGAUUGUGGGAUAUGUGAAGCCCAUGGCCGAGCGGACACCUGAGCUUGUUCAGCUCUCAUCUGAUUCAUCUGAAGAGGAGCCAGAGGCAGCAGCCACAGAUGCGAUGGCAACAGUAAUGAAACCAGAGACAUCCCAGGUGCAGGCUCCAUCACAGUCCCAUGAGAACCUGCUUAACCCCGACUCCUCUCCAGGCCUCGUGCCGUCAUGCAGUCCCCACCAUAUACACCCAGACUCGCACAACAAGGAAAAAGACAUCCAAAGUUGCUCCCCAUCAUCCCGUUGGCAUCAUACGCAUAGCCACCAACAUCAGUCCAAGGAGAGUUCAUGGUCACAUUCACACCAAAAUCAAGAACGUUCUGGGUUCAGCAUUCACAAGAGACGCAGAGACCACUCACAUCGGCGGUCAGACAGCAAGGAGAGAGAUGAGAUUUUGGAACGGUCGCAGCACGCCAGCAAUCAAGAGCGCUCGCCAAGUCAAGCGCAUUCGCACCGGAGCUGGUCAGGCCAGAGUCCAUCGGUGUCCAUUUUGAGUGGCAGCGAUUGCUCGCCCUCUGGAAACAACACCAGCAAUGACAGGAGUCCGGAGCGCUUUCGACAUGUGAGAGACAGAUACUCGCAAUCUCCUUCGUACUGGGAGAAAGAGCGCAGGAGGACAAGAACAAGGGAAAGGACGAGUAGGUCUCCUGAUUUGGACUCGUUUCUUGGUUCCCACCAUCACCGCAGUCACUCUCGUGAGUCGCAGCGUUGCCAUAAACGCUGCAGACGGUCCAUCAGCAGUAGUAGUGAUGACUUGCACUUAGAAAGAUCCCACCUGGACAAACCCAGUGGCAAACGCAAGUACAAAACCCGCCACUUGGAGCGAGCUGCCCAGCGGCAGCACAAGAAGGGAACUAAGUCCAAGGAAAAACGGCCUGGACGCAGGGAACGACGGCGCAGCCAUGAACGGCCACAAAGUCGGAGCCCAAGUGUGGAGAUUAUCUAUGAACGAAGUGCACCUGACAUGCAGUGGUACCAGCAAAGGAAGCGGAGGCACCGAAAGAAGAGGAGGGAGCAGUGGUCACCCACUGUGAUCACUAUUGACAGUGACAGCGAUCGUACCAUUGACUGUCUGGACCGUGUCAUGGAUGAUAUAGACCAUACCGCAGCAGGAGGUGAUGACGAGCAGAGGGAAGGUACUCCUGAGCAAGAUGUGUUGCAGAACAAUAUUGGUGUGACUUUGCCCUCUACGAAUAUUUCUCUAGAGUCCUCAAGCUCAGUAAGCCAUAGUGAUUCUCCUGACCAUUCAUUAAACCUGGAUGACUGUGUGAUGGAUGUAGUUGAUCAUAACAGUUCCGAUGCUCUUGACUGCACCCGGAAUACGGACACCAAAGGUUUGGAUGCUGAUAACCUCUUGGAGUCCAUGCCAGACCCUUUCCCAGUGGUUUCAGUGGCGACGACCCCACCGUCGGAAACACGGCUGCUAGAAACUUUAUUGCAGGAUUUUAAAGAAUUUCUACCGGGGGAAAACCAAGAGGCACUACCAAACCGCAAGAGUCCUAUAAGCUUACAAGAAGACGCUGUUAGCCCUCAAAGGGACCAAUCAACGUAAGAGGAUAUGCAGCGGGCUUGGAAAACAAGGACAUGGACAGUGAUGGACAAGAGACGGAGGCCAACACGGCUAGCUAGAACUCAUACUAACGUACUUGUUACAGACACUAAUUAUGCUUGUCUGAAUGCCUAGCCAGAAACAUUUGUUGUUUUUUGAAAGACUCAAUCAAAGACUGCUUAAGAAACAUUCAGAAAACAUUUUGUCAUUUGCAAUGUUAUUAUUAUUGUUAAUGUGUAUUGUAUAGUAUAGUUACAGUUUUCCUCUGACUCGAACCUGGUGCUGACUCGCUGUGCCAACUGCUCACAAACCAACAAAAACCCAACAGUCUUGUCUAGAUGGUAACACUGAAGCUGCAAACUCAUGCAAGACUUACCCCAACUCCUAUCCUUCAGGCCAAAGAAUACUUAAGGUUUCUACGUGCCGGUAUGUCUCGUGGACCCGCACACAAAGCAUGUGACCAGGGGCGUAGAUUCCAGGGGGGAUAAUAAUAAAAAAAAGCAAGUACAACCCCCCCCCCCCCCAUUAUUUCAAUGGAACCAUGAUUAUUGGAAAUACGUAGAUGCUUCAUGCUGCAACCCUCCCAGUGUACAAGCCAAAUCUACGCCCUUGCAUGUGACGCAAAUUCCAUCACGACUGUUUGCGUGCAGCGUAGUUUUUCUAGGCACGCAGACAGUCUGUGUUUUUGCUCCUGCUGUUAACUGAGCUACAAGAGUAUCACAAAGCAGUCGCUGUGUGCACGCGUCAAACACAUUCGUAUGGGCUCGCUGUGAAAAGACUAUACUUUAAAGGCAUAUGGAAAAACGAAGUAUACCCUAGCCUUGAGGGGUUGUUCAUACAGGACAUGCUACUGCGUUCUGUCAUCUCUUAGUAGUUUUUCAAUAUAUGCAUGUGCCAGAUUGCAUCAAGGCUCGCUAUUUUCCUGCAACUCGUGACAUGAGUGUUGUGUCAUGUUAAAAGUAGUUCAGCUUUGAAGAACGUGUCUCGAGUGGAGGUAGAUCGAUAUAUUUGUAUUACUGAUUAAUCUGUAAAAAUCUGUGCCGAUUAUUAUUAUUAUUAUUAUUAUUAUUCCUCAUCAGUAAACCUCAUCUGGUAAAUAUAUCUACAAAACUCUUCAUCUGGUGAUUAUAUAGGCUGUAAAAAGAUUAAUUUGGUAAAUACACUAUAUGGCCAAAAGUUUGUGGACACCCCCUUCUAAUUAACGAAUUUGGUUACUCCAUUAAAUCCAGUAAAGAAAAAUCUUAAUGUUUCUUUAUGUAAUGGCUUGGGUUUGUGUGCUUCUAAAUUUGUGGCAGCUAUUUGGGGAUAGCCCUUUACUGUUCCAGCAUGACAAUGCCCCUGUGAACAAAGUGAGGUCCAUAAAGAAAUGGUUUACUGUGUCUGGAGUGGAAGAAAUUGACUGGCCUGCACAAAGCCCAGACCUGAACCCCACUGAUCACUUUUGGGGUGAACUGGAACAGCAACUGUAAGUCAGGCCCCAUCGACCAACAUCACUGAUAGCCUUGUGUCUGAAUGAGAGCAAAUCCCUGCAGCCAUGUUACUACAUACCGUAUAGUGGAAAGCCUUCCCAAAAGAGGAAGCUGUUAUUACAGCAAAGGGGGAAAUUGAUGCCUAAGGUUUUGAAAUCAAAUGUUCAUCAAGCACAAAUGGUGUCCACAAACCUUUGGCCAUAUAGUGUACUUGUAGAGCAUAUAGAGUGUUGUAACAGGGCCAAGUGUCUGUCAUUUCAAAAUAAGAGUCCUCUGUGUAUUUAAGCCUUGUUUAUAGUUAAAAGUCCUGCGUUAUGCAGAAAGCUUAGUAUUGGGAUUUUUCCUGUGAGAACAGCCCCUAACCUUUGGGCAGCAGCAAAUGCGCUCCUGCGAGAGUUUCAACAUCAAGAGCGUUACCAUCUAGACAUUCCCUGGAACAACCCCACUGAACUUCUUGGAGAAUUGUGUCUUUGUUAUACUCAGGGAACAGGUGAAUUGCACCUCCAUGCCUCUGUUACGCAGUAUGCGUGUGUGCUUGCGUAUGUGGUAAUAUGCCGAUACCCUGGAGAAAUUGUUCACUGGUCAUGUCUACUGAACACACAACAUGUCUUCUUGGCAAUAGCUGUCAUCUGUCAAUAAAUUCAUAAAAGUAGAUGUUCAUCCAUGUAUCUCAAACUGAUGUUUUUAUUUUUAUUAUAUGAACUGUAGAAUUAGUUCCUUCAUCACCUUGGUGAACAUGAUCAAGACCCUUUACUCACAGUUACGACAGAUUAAUCCGAUCUCUUCAGAGGUGUUUACACUGACUGCAAUUUGCAGCGCCAAAUUGAAAAUUGUCUAUAUGUUUGAUGCAAAUAAACUAAUUUUGUGGACUCAGUAUUAACCUCAGGCUGUUCAGGGCGAUGGCACGGCAUAUGUUUUUAGUGGAUAAUGUGAUGUUUAGCAAUAAAUAAAAAAUGUGGCAUAUAGUGACUAUA